AUGCUCAAGGCACUGAGUGGCCUCUGUCCCCGGAUUCCCGAACCUCGCUGGUAUGGUAUGCAACGGUGCUAUCAAGACCGACAUCCCAUGUCAGUCACAGAGGAGCCUUCAUUGCUACCGAGUCACUGCCACCAGGUCAGUUACUGCCACCAGGUCAGUUACUGCCACCAGGUCAGUUACUGCCACCAGGUCAGUUACUGCCACCAGGUCAGUCUCUGCCGCCAGGUCAGUCUCUGCCACCAGGUCAAUCUCUGCCGCCAGGUCAGUCUUUGCAGCAAGGUCGGCCAUUGCCAUCAGGCCAGUCUCAAUCCUUCAUUGCAGGCCAGUCUCAAUCCCUCAUUGCAGGCCAGUCUACCGGCCAGGACGGUCUUGGAGCCACGCUCAAGUUAG